AUGUAAGACGUGUUAAAAAUGUAUUUUUACAAAAAAUUUAGAAUAUCUUACACAAAUUCAAUAAGAAAUAGUACAAUUAAAUAAAGUAGCAACAUAUUUAUUUCUGCAGUUUAAAAUGUGCAAAUGAUAAAAAAAGGUUUGAAAAGAAUUGGUUUAUUGUAAGAGUAAGCUUAUUUUUUAAAAUUUGAAAAUAAUUAUUAAAUCUAUAUAAAAGAUUCUGCCUACCUGCAUACAUACAUAUAUACAUAUAUACAUACAGAGAAUGAAUUAGUGAUUGGUAUAGGGUGUGUAAAUUAAACAAUUUUUAAUAAAAAAGAAAUUUUCGAAAUUUAUAUUUAAAAAUUAGUAAACUGUGAAAUUCAUUUAUUAUUUGUUUAAUUAUUAAUUAAUUAAUUAAUUCAUUUUUUUUUUAUGUUUGGCUAUCCCUUAUUAACCGCUUUACACUUAUUUAUUUUUAUAUUCAUCUAUAUCUUUCAUAAUAAAUGUAUUUUUUAAUAUAUUUGUAUACGCUUUAAUUUUAUCUUUACAAAAUGA